AUGGAUAAAAUCGUGUGCCAACGCCGAGGAAGAGUUACCGAAACGAAUCGCUCUGGAAGUUGGAGCACAUCGCCUUCGACGAGCAGUCAUUGCUGUGUAUUUGCAGGAAGCGAUGAUGAUUUGGUAGCUGCUUUGGCAUCAUUCCUACAAGAUGAUGCUCUGAGCAUUCGAGAAGAGGUUGGUCUGCCAACUGCGUCAUCGUUAUUAUCGAAACACAUCUUGAAGAGCAACAUAUUGCUCAAUCCUGGGGUUUGCUACCGCCCUCCUUUCGUUGUAAUUAUGGAGAAUAUUCCCCAUCUGGAAAGCGAAAACAAGGAACUAGAGCGAAACGUAAGAUUUUCAAAUCUGGUCUUUUCCUAA